AUGCAAACUUUAGGAUGGUUCCUCAUUUUCUACACGGGAAGGAGAAGCCAGGUUCUUCUCGGAUGGAAUUCUACUGACCCUCAGUCAGACUCUAUUGUUGAAAAUGAAAAGGUCUGUUCAGAGGAUUGGUUCUUUGGUACAAGACUCUGUUCAGAUUCUUCCCCUACCGCUUUUGCAUUUUCAAGACGCCUCCUCAACUACUUAUCGGAUCUGACUCUGCUUAUCGAAUCUGCCUUUCCAUCUGCCCUUAUGAAAUGGCCUCUCAGCUCGAUGGCUAGCUUGCUUAUUGCUUAUUUUACUUCAGCUCACAGCUCAAGUCUUAUCAGUCCUUUCCUUCUCUCAGUUGGUUCUUCUCAGCUCAGUCAUUCAGCUCAGGCUAUUGGUUCUGUCGACUCCAAGUAUCAGCUCAAUUACACUCUCUUGCAGCUGGUUUUUAAUGCUGCCUACACCUCAGUUGCAUUUUCUGGCUGA